UCUAUUGGAUGCUGUGUGUGUUUGUAGUAAAAAGGGCAACUUUGAAGCUCAGAUGUGCAAACAGCUUUAAAGGAGUAAUCUGAGGAACCUCUUGCAGGAAGAACAACCCUAACCCAAACACAAACCAGUUGCAGGAACAUCUCUCCUGCCAUGACAUCAGUCCAACUGCUGCUGCUGCUUUCCUUGACUUUGUCUGGCAUCUGCCUCAAUUUGGGGCAGCUCACUCUGGAAGGUGGCGAGAAUGGGGAAAGGAGCCACCUGGAUGACAUCUUGCAGAGGGCAGAAAGCAUCCUCCUUAGGUCUAUCCUCAAGAAAGUAGAAGAGGAGGAAGAGCUCAAUAAAGAACGAGAUGCUUCUGAGCCAGAUUCUCUUUCCAAACGACAGCACCCUGGGAAAAGAUUCUUCAAUAUGCUGGAAAAGAGACAGCACCCAGGGAAAAGGGAAGAUGGAGAAGAAGCCUUGUAUGGUGAUAUCCAGAAGAGGCAACAUCCAGGGAAAAGAGAGGAAGACGAUGACCUUGACCGCUACAUGGAGCUGCAGAAGCGACAACAUCCUGGCAAAAGGUCACUGUGGGACCAGUACGUUGAUGCCCCUAGCACCCAGCUGACCUACCUGAAUGAAUUAUCCAAAAGGCAGCACCCAGGCAAGAGGUAUCUGGUUUAUGUCAAGCGUCAGCACCCUGGCAAGAGGGGCUGGGAGGAUGAGCUGGAUCUGGGGGAGCAGCACUUGGAGAAACGGCAGCACCCUGGGAAAAGAUUCUCCGACUCUGAAAGCCCAGAUUAUGCUGCCCCCUGUGACCUCCAAGAUGACUUCAACUGUAGCAAAGGCAGCUUAUUGCUUGAGUUAUUAGAUAAUGUCAAUAAGGGCAGGGUGGAAGAGAAGCGGCAGCACCCGGGGAGGAGGUUUGCAUGGGAAAGUGAGGCUGAGGCAGAGGAAUGAGAAUGGCUGAGUGUAUUGUACAUCAUUUACAUUUGAUUGAGUCAUCUGCCAGACCACUUAAAGUUCUCUUUCUCCUCACUCUGGCUCCCUGAAGUGCCUAAUUUGAAGUGUGCGAGUGUUCCCAUUGAAGGCAAGGGCAUUAUUCACACACUCAAAGUGAAGGGCAUGCUUAACUACUAAAUCAAAUUGAGUCAAUUUGUCAAAUCCUGCCAAGUCUCAAAGGCCUUCAAUUCCCACAACUGUGGAAGUUGAGGUGCUUGGUUAAUCAUGGGAUCUGGCCCUAAAACAAUGUCUUUUUGUGCGUGCACCAAGUCUAUUUCCUGAGGACUACCCCCACCUUUUAUAGGUUUAGGAUACAUGAUACACAGUUUCCUCCUAUGCAAGGGCAAUCAGAAAAUGGAUGCAUCAAGAAUGAAAGAAAAGAGUGGCAAAUGCAAGUGAUUUCCAACUGAACUGUAGGAAAAGAGGGUUUUAGUUUAGAAUGAUGGAGUUAGUGUGUAUCAUCAGAACAGGUCACAGUAUGUGAAGGCACUUGUUCCACUAUCUCCUGGGCAGAGACAGGCAUUGUCCAAAUGGAACAGGAAAGAUGUUUGGGCUUCACACCUUGACUUGGAACAACUGCCUCAAAGCAAACAUAAGUCAGGUAGGAAACUGCAGAAUGCAAAUAAAUAACCCAUGUGUCACGUAACAACUUAAGAGUGAGGUAAGAAGAAUGCUGCAUAAGUACUCACAAUAAGUUUUCCUAAUCACUACCUUCCAGGCAUUUGGCUUGAAACCUAUGUCUUUCUAUUAAAAGUCAAUAUUUAAACUGCAGCAAGUCAAUACCCUUUACUCCUG